UCACUCCCAUCUAUAUAACCCAAUCACUCUCUUCUAUUCAACCCACCCACAAAUCUCCCCAACAUUCUCUGCUUUCGUUUUGCUCUUUAUUCCAAUGGCGGAUCUCAGCCCCAGGUCUGAGAUCUCAUUCUUGCAGACCUUCCUCUGCAGUGCCUUCGCUGCUUGUUUCGCUGAGUUCUGUACCAUUCCGUUGGACACUGCUAAAGUUAGGCUCCAGCUUCAAAAGAAAGCAGUUGUAGGGGAUGCUGCUUGUGCCCCUAAAUAUAAGGGCUUGUUGGGUACUAUGGCUACCAUUGCUAGGGAAGAAGGUUUAGGAGCACUUUGGAAUGGUAUAAUUCCAGGAUUACAACGACAAUGCAUCUAUGGAGGCUUAAGAAUUGGGUUAUAUGAUCCCGUCAAACUUUUCCUUGUUGGCAGUGCUUUUGUUGGAGAAAUUCCUAUAUACCAUAAAGUGCUUGCUGCACUAUUGACUGGUGCUCUGGCUAUCGUAGUGGCUAAUCCAACUGAUCUUGUAAAGGUUCGACUCCAGGCUGAAGGCAAAUUGCCAGCCGGAGUUCCUAGGCGUUACUCUGGAGCUAAAGAUGCUUAUUUCACUAUAGUGAGGCAGGAAGGUAUAGGAGCUCUGUGGACUGGGCUGGGACCAAAUGUAGCACGAAAUGCUAUUAUAAAUGCUGCUGAGCUAGCCAGUUAUGAUCAAGUGAAGGAGACAGUUUUGAAAAUUCCAGGGUUCACUGACAAUAUUUUCACUCAUCUCCUAGCUGGUCUGGGUGCCGGUUUCUUUGCAGUUUCUAUUGGUUCUCCUGUUGAUGUGGUGAAAUCUAGAAUGAUGGGAGAUCCAAGUUACAAAAACACCUUUGAUUGCUUCAUCAAAACUUUGAAGUAUGAGGGGUUUUUGGCCUUCUAUAAAGGGUUUCUUCCAAACUUUGGACGGCUAGGAUCUUGGAAUGUUCUUAUGUUUCUAAUGCUAGAGCAAGCGAAAAAUGUUUUCAGGGUGUAAAUCUGCUUUCCGGAUUUUGAGUUUCCACGUACAAGCAUGAAUGCACAGCUUCUGCUUGGGAAUUGCCUCUUCUAUUGUUAAAGAAUCAUUCUUUUGGUUUUCAGUUUUGUGUAUUGUACUGUAGUGUACUGCUUAUAUAUUUGUAUCACUUGAUAAAUAUUGAAAAGUAGAUCUAUUUAGAAGGCAGAUCAUAGCAGAUCAUAGCAUGUACCCUUUAGUGGGAAGCUAUUCCAUCCCGUUGUAAUGAACAGUUGCAUAAUAUUUAUCAAUUUCAUUCUCAUCUGAGACUUUGAGUA